AUGCUCACAGAGGAGCUGAUUAAGAAAUUUCAAAGAACAACUUUGGGAGCUUUCCACCCUGUGGAGACACUGAUAGAGUUAUUCAGUAUAGGAAUGAUAAAAGCCACCUACAAGGAUCAGCUGGAGGGCACAUGGAAGAGCAGAGGCAGAGCUGGAAAGAACAGUGGAAAAGCCAAGGCUAAGGCAGUGUCUUGCUCACGUAGAGCUGGGCUGCAGGUACUGGAGCUGGCAGGUAACAUCUCCAAGGAUCUCAAAGUGAAGGGCAUCACUCUGCGACACUUAGAGCUUGCAAUCUAUGGUGAUGAAGAGUUGGAUUUUCUCAUCAAGGAGACUGUAGCUGGGGAUGGUGUGAUCCCUCACAUCCACAAAUCUUUGAUUGGAAAGAAGGGACAGCAGAAAACAGUUUAGAGGACUGU